CCUCGCGUCCUCCCGCCUGCUGCCUCCACAGUCCACACUGAGUUGGGAGCCAUUCACCAGCCCUGACCCCGCCCUCCUGUCGUCCACAGCCUGUAGCCGGGGGCCGCUUCUCAUUCACUGCCGUCCUGUCCCCUCCCCUCCCUGCUGCUGCUGCUGCUUGCGCCGCACGCCUCACUGAUUGGGGGAAGGGAGAGAGCGAGAAGGAAGAAGCAUUAUCCUCCGCCUGCCUAUUCCCGAUAUCUGCAGCCAUGGGGAACUGUCACACGGUGGGACCCAACGAGGCGCUGGUGGUGUCUGAGCGUUGGAGCUUCCUUUGUUUUCACGGGCUGUUGUCACAGUAUUUACGGCAGUGUGUCUCCAGCAUUAGGCCUUAAGAAUUGAGCAUGGCUGGUACCCUGAGUAGACACACAAUAAAGGUCUGAAACCCAUUUUGAAACGUGGAAAAUAAGCAGGCAAUUCCAUUCAAUUGGAUAAAGGAACCUUCCAAUAUGAUAUUUAAGCCUAUGUGUGGUUGCUGUGGAUCCGAUUCUAAACAGUAUGUGUACGGAGGAUGGGCCUGGGCGUGGUGGUGUAUUUCUGACACAAAACGGCUUUCCCUAGAGAUAAUGACGCUACAGCCCAGGUGCGAGGACGUAGAGACGGCCGAGGGGGUAGCUUUAACUGUCACAGGUGUGGCCCAGGUGAAAAUCAUGACUGAAAGGGAACUCCUGGCCGUGGCAUGUGAGCAGUUCCUGGGAAAAAAUGUCCACGAGGUGAAGAAUGUUGUUCUACAGACACUGGAGGGCCAUUUGCGGUCUAUUCUCGGUACACUUACAGUGGAACAGAUUUAUCAGGACAGAGAUCAGUUUGCAAAGCUGGUACGGGAAGUGGCAGCUCCUGAUGUUGGCCGAAUGGGUAUUGAAAUUUUAAGCUUUACCAUCAAGGAUGUGUAUGAUAAGGUUGAGUAUUUGAGCUCCCUGGGUAAGACGCAAACUGCUGUCGUUCAGAGAGAUGCCGAUAUUGGAGUGGCUGAAGCAGAACGAGAUGCAGGCAUUAGGGAAGCCUUGUGCAAGAGGGAAAUGCUGGACAUCAAGUAUCUUGCCGACACUAAAAUGGCGGAUUCCAAACGUGCGUUUGAGCUGCAGAAGGCAGCGUUCAGCCAGGAAGUUAACACUAAGAAAGCAGAGGCUCAGCUGGCUUACGAGUUGCAAGCAGCUAAGGAGCAGCAGAAGAUCCGUCAGGAGGAGAUUGAGAUUGAGGUUGUACAACGUAAGAAGCAGAUUGAUGUAGAGGAGAAAGAAAUCGUCAGAAUGGACAAGGAGCUGAUUGCCACGGUCAGAAGGCCAGCAGAAGCCGAGGCGUACCGGAUGCAGCAGAUUGCUGAAGGAGAGAAAGUGAAACAAGUGAUGAUCGCUCAAGCAGAGGCUGAGAAAAUCCGUAAAGUUGGAGAAGCAGAAGCGUUGGUCAUUGAAGCUAUUGGAAAAGCAGAAGCUGAAAAAAUGAAGCUGAAAGCAGAAGCCUACCAACAUUACGGGGAAGCUGCGAAGAUUGCUUUGGUGUUGGAGUGCCUGCCUCAGAUUGCUGCCAAAGUGUCUGCUCCCCUGGCCAAAGUGGAUGAAAUUCUCAUUCUUGGUGGAGACAACAGUAAAAUAACUGGUGAAAUGAACCGUUUGCUUGCUGAAAUUCCUGCCUCCGUUCAAACCCUCACUGGUGUGGAUCUGACCAAGAUCCCCCUGCUCCAGAAAGCCACUGGCAUGAUGACAUAAGGAUGAGAAUAAGCCGCCUGACCUUCUUUCACUUGAGUGAAAUGCCUUCAAAUACGUUGGGACUCUGUUUUAUACAGAAAAGACAAUUUCAGUUACAUUUUUAUCUGGUGCCUUAGUUAUCAGGACCAGAACCACAGUUUAUCAUAUCAUUUUAAGUUCUUUUUAGUUGUGUCAAAAAAAUUAUUUUUUUAGCAAAAUCAUUUUUGUUAUGUGGUGAUUUAAUUCUGUUUCUAUUAUUCAAGUGGUUUGCUUGGCAGAGUUCUGAUUUGGCUGGAGUUGCUACCUCUGUGCCUUCAGGCUUCUCACCCUUCUGGUGUUUUACCACUUUAUCAGUGCUGCCAAAAUGCUGCUUUUCAUUUUUAAUGCAAGGACUCCAGCCUAUUUUAUAUACAAGUAGUAGGUAGCACUGAUCCACUGUGUGAGUAGUUGUGCAUUGGAGCUGCUAGCUCUGUUAACGAAAUGACCCAUGUAUAAUCACAGUAAAGACAUCUGGCCUUGGUUACGGUUCUUCAGCACCGCACGGAAAUACUAUGCAGUUACUGUCAUUUGUGUGUAUUGGUAGCUUGGAUUGCUGAAUAUCGGUCCUUUUGUAACACGGCUCCAUUCACACACACACACUGCUUACUGCUGGUGCACCCGCCUGAUCUCAUGCCUCAAAAACCUUAUAUUCCUGGUUGUUCCCUCCUUACCUAUACAGUUUUAGUUCCAUACGUUUUUGUUUAAGUACAUUGGAAUUUUUUCUUACACAUUAUUUGAGUCUUAUAAUAUGUCCCUGUUAUUAAAUUAUAUACUAAUUAUACUUUAUUACACUAUAUUGUGUGGUACAUAAGAUAUUUACUAAAUGGUAGAUGUUAUCCAAUAUGAAGAUACUCUUAUUAAUCAGAUGUCCAUAUAGUCUUUGAAGUACUAUCCCCCAACUCUAAUAAGCAAAGAUAUAAACUUAUAUGACAUAGUGGUGUUCUAAUGAAUUGUGCUAUUACGUUUCUGCUUGCAUGAAAAUAAAGUCUGAUAGCUAGCUUUCAGUGAUCCCCAGCUGCAGAAGAAUUGAAUCCCACAAACUAACCUGGUCCUCUAAAGCUUUCCCUUCCUUGGCCUCACCAAAGACUGCACUUUGUGCCCAAUGUGCAUGAACAGGGCUUUCAGCGUUUAAUUAGGCUUUUAUCUGCUCUAUGAAAACUGCCGGGGAUAAAACGGGCGGGAACAUGGGGUAGCCACAGGUGAAAACAUGGGUACGUUAAUGGUAGCUAUUAAAGGCCCACUGAAGAUAUCCCAUUUCACUGGUGAUUUUUAUAUAUAUAUAUAUAUAUAUAUAUAUAUAAUAUUUUGAAGUAAGCAUAGUUGACAACACUGUUCGUGUCCCCCUGGAAGCUGUAAUUCAGUUAAGGGUAAUGUUGACUGUUCUAUAGCUAUAGAAUACAUAUUCAUGUUCAUUUGUGGGAUCCGCUUUUAUUUCCCCAGAGAUGCCUUACAGUACAUCAGAGUCUCCGAAAACUUUUCAUUCUGUAACCGAUAGCAACUGUAAAGCAGUCUUGUAAUAUUUUCUGUUUCUGUAACAGUGGCUUUUCCAAAUAAUGCCAAAUCUGUAGCUAAAAUACAUACAUUUUGUAAUAAAAAAUUUUGAGGGGAGGAAUUACUUUUUGCACGGACAAGUUAUAAUGCUUCACAGCCGAGCCCACCAUUGGUUACAGUGCUUACUGUUGGGAUUUAAUUGCUAAUAAUGUGUUUGAAGAAAAUUUGGUAUCUAUAUUCUCAGCAGCUGGGAUAGUACAUAGCCAUAUCUAAGGAAUGCUGUUUAAGACUAGUUGCUGAAAAAAAUCUAUAGAGCAAUCUAUAUAUAUUCCAAAUUAAGAAUGGAAGUAAACAUUCUUUAAGUGCAUCUAACCUCAGAGAAGGUUUGUUCUCUGAAUGACAUGAACUUGCUGUCUUUGUGACUUUAGGAAGGUGCUCAGUGUGUUGGUGGUAUAAGCAGCUCCUAGUGAGCUUUGAUAGACUGUAAUCUCACAGUCAUCCUGCACCCACAAUUGCUGCCCCCGAGUAAUUACUGUAGGUGUCCAGUUGACCAUACUCUGGUUUCAGGGUUUUGUUUUUUUUAAGACCGAUUUUCUUUGAUUUAAUGACCAUCUGCUUGGCUAUCAGUACAAACAAGGCAUUUUUGUUGGCCAAGUACAACAAAUAUUGAUGUACAACUUUCUAAAGAUCCAUCCCACUUCAAUUGGCAGUUUAGUUAUAUAUGAUCUAAUAAAUGCAGAUGUGAUGAUUUGGCUAUGGGUGUAUAUCCCACAGAGAAAGUAUUUUUAUUAUUUCAGUCUUGUUAGUCAAUGCUUCUGUGUUCACAAGUGUAAUGUGUAACGUCACAAAUUCAUUGCUUAGUUAUUGAAAAAAACAUUCUCUAUAUGUAUGUUUUCUUUGUGUAGUAAAUCCCUUAAACCAGAUUUCUCUGGCAAAUAUGUGAAUUUUUAUAUUAAAGCUGAUUUCUCCCUGCAGUUUUUUUUUUUCACAGCCUUCUCAUUCAAGCAGCUGUCAGACACAACGCCAUAUUCUCUUGAACCCACCGUGCCUCCGUUAUCUCCAGUUCCAUGGUGAAUUACUGUAUAGGCUAUAUUCUAGGCAUACCCAGAACCUCAGUCCCCAAGGGCUCAUUUACACUGCUCUGUUAAUCACUUUGGCUCUUGGGGUCGCAUUGUAGCGCAACAAUUGACAUUUUGCGACUCAACUGACCGUUCUGUUGUGAAACAGACAAUGACAUUUUUUUAUUUUUUUAAAGUAACACAAAAUAUGCUUUCAAUAUUACUUAUUAUGGGAACAUCUAUGUUUGAGUGUUGCAUAUCUGCAAAGGACUGCAUAGAUGGGGCUAGCGCUGUUCCACAGGCGUUGAUGAGUCCAGCAGGGAAAAAAGUGGAGAAGUUGCCCAUAGCAACUAAGCUAACAUUUAUCAAGUACAUUGUAUAAAAUGAUGGGCAGAAGCUAAUUAUGUGCUAUGGGCAACUUCCCCACUGGUCUAAUUUUCCACUCUUUGGGGCUCUUUUAUCAACAAAUGAUAAAACUUGUUGCAUAUGAUAAAUGAUGCUCCAGCCAAUCAGCUCCUAGCUGUCUUGUAUAGAUGCUGUCUAGUGUUCGAAAAAUGAAAGUUGGGAGCUGAUUGGCUGGAGCACCAUUUAUCACACGCAACAAAUUUUAAUACUCGUUGAUAAAUAGGCCUCUUAGUAUGAUAAUUAGGCUGCCUUGGUUUACACCAUAUCAUCUACUGAUAAUGGCACAGGUAACAGAAGGACAGUGUAGCAUAUGAGGUGGGCUUAUCAUUUUUCUUAAGAAGUAAUAUUAAGUAGCACCGUAUAGAUCAUUUCGUUCAUUUGCAUUGUCUCUGCCCCAAUGAAGCACCUUGUAAGGGUACAAACAGACCUUUAACAAUACAAAGUUUUAUACUGUAAUUUUUCAUUCAGAAGGCACCCAUACAAUAUAAUGCUGUGAAAAUAAGCUAUGAUCCAAAUAAAACAAUUUAAACAACAUCCAUGACCAGCCUGCAUGACCGGAAGCAAGCAUGAUUAAAGUGCACCUACACAGAGGAGGUGGCCAUUAUGUACUUGCAGUGUUAUCAGUUCACUAGAAAUCUGUGAUACUACUGAUUGGAUUGGUUCAUGUUUUGAUGGCAUAGCCAAGUCCUAGUAAGUUUGGCUGCAUUCUCACGAAUGUCCAACACGCACAAUAAUUACCUGUGUGUUCUAUCAGUGGGCAUAAAUAGGCUCACGCACACUCUGAUUUUCAGUCGUUUUGGCACAUUUAUAGAUCUUUUUCUUACUGCAAACAAGUUUUAGGACCUGGAUUCAGGUAUACUCUUUUUUUUUUUUUUUUUUUUUUUAGCUUUUUAUUUAUUUAGGGUUAUUUUUGUUUUUCUAGAUUAGCGUACAUGAAGAAUUUUUAUUUGACAUAUGUAUUUAAAAAUGUUACCUUAUUUCUACUCCGCAUUUAUUAUCUACAUUACGUAUGUGCCCAUCCACUUUUUCCCCAUCCACUUUUUCCCCAUAUUUUUUUAAGCCAAACCACCCCUCACCUCUCCGGCAGAGCUGAUAUCCAAGAGAUACAUACUGUAUAUACCACUCACUGCAAUGUCUGUAAAGCUGAUUGGAUUAGUCAAGGAAAGCAUCCAGCCAGCCUUGUUAUAGUUAGACUGGGGAAGUGAUUAUUCACACACUGGCAGGGGUUGUUUCUCCGGAACUUCAAGCAGCUACAGAACUACACUACAUUUAGGGGUAUAUUCAAUUAAAGUCCGAUCCUCUCCGACGGAGAGGAUCCAACACUUCACUAUUCAAUAGCGGGCCGUUUCCCCUCCCAUUCCACCAUUCGUUUCCGCUCUCUCUUAUGGGUGAAAAUGAAUAGUCGAAAACGGCACGUUUUCGUCCGCGGCGGGGUCGAAAACACAUGGAUUCCGCUCAUCCGUGUGUUUUUCGACUUGACGUUUUUUCCGCCCUGAGGGAAAUUCCGACACUUCAAUUGAAUAUUGAAGUGUUGGAAAGUUCAGAUUAUCGGCGGAAAUUGCCGUCUUUCCACCCUGUCGGAACUUCCGAUCGUAAUUGAAUACUACCCUUAGUUUGGCAGCGGGCUAUACUUUUUUUUUUUUUUUUCUCUCUCUUUUAUUGAAGAACAUCUAAAUCUGUUAUGAAACAAAUACAUUUCCUGUACUAGAAUAUAUUUGAACAGUGCUAAAUUUUAGCUUAUAUUUUUAAGAGUAGCCUGUAUACAAAGUUGUAUUAGAAAUUAAGCAAUGCUUCAAAAUCAUUGAACAUGUUUUUUUUUUUUUAUUAAGAUUAUUUCAGGUAUUUGGAAACCUUAUGCCAAAAAUAAUUUUUGGUUGAUUAGUUACACUAAAAUGUGUUCCUAAUAAAAAUAUCCAUUUCAAAAUCUGUAAAUAUAUGGGGAAAAAUAGCAUUCUCUUUGUGUGUUUUUUUUUUUUUUUUUUUUUUUUUAUUCUGAUAGAAUAGAUCUGUUGAAAUUAGAUUAAAGGUGGGUUGCAGAUUUUAUAUACUUGUGGCAAAAGUAUCCAGUAGUGAAGGAGGUGUUGUGAAUAUACGGUAUGUUCAAAAAACACAAUGGCUGCUUGUAAUUCCCGCCGCCUCGGUGACUUAAUAGGCUUGCACUCUUAUUUUCAUGUAAAUAGUGGAAACACUGAGUAUGUUUUUUACUUUUAGAACCUUUAGGGGUGACUUUUGCUUCCUCCUACUAAGAGGAUUAGUGGAAAACCAUCUUCAACAUGCAAAGAAAUUGUGUUACAGAAUAAAAGAUUAAAUGUUUUCUAAAGUUUAUUUUCUAAUCCACUAAAUCAAAGUUUAGUCCGUGUUUUAAUUCCCCACCGAGGAUUGUAAUUUAAGCAUAAAUUUGUAAUUUAGUUUUUAUGUGGCCUAUUUGAAUUCCUAACUUGUUGCUUGAGCCUUAACUCCUGCCACUUACUUAUUCUGGUCCAGUGCUCUGUUUAGUACAAAUAAUUGUUAAUAGCCUUAUCUAGCCAAUAUCUGGUUUCAUAAUGACUCCGUAACUGUGACCGUGUGUAGAAUUCCCAGAAUUUGUGAAACAGGAAUUACCACGUGAUCGGGAGUACGUUCAAGCCAUAAAAUUCCCUCCACACUUUCUUGUGAGUCCUAAAAUAAGGUAAAAUCAUAAUAAGCAACUGUUCCAAAGUGCUCUAUAAAUUUAGAGCCCCUGAACUGUCUCGGAGUUCUUAUUUUCCCAUAUAUUAGAUUUGAGUUUGGUGGGGAAACCAGUACACACAAGGUGCUCUAACAAUGGACAGGGACAUUUCUGACAAUUGGUGCAAAGUAAAGUCCUUCAAGUUCUGUCAUGUUUCUAGUGCAGUUUGGAAAGCAAGCAAAUUGAUUGGUUGCUUUUUAUAAUAACACUAGUUUACAAGUUUAUUUUUUAAAACUUACUUUAGCACAAAUGUUCAUGAUGUGCCACAGUAUAUUUAUUUGGGAGGAAACUAAAGCAUUGCCGAAAGGCGUACUAUCACUAUUCUAUUUGGCGAUGUACAUAAGUAUAUGGCUAAUUUUCAGGCUGAGGAAAUGUUAGAUUUGUCAUGUGACCUCAGGGAAAGGUUUUUGGUAGUCUGAUCUGUCGUCUACACUACCCUUUGUAUAAUAAAGAAGCUGAUAUUCAAUGACUGUUAUGUGAAUCCACGUUAGCUGCAUGUGAAAUGUAUGUGCACAGCAUACACCAUGAUACUUUAUAUUGUUCAUGUCGUGACUUUGCAAGUAUUUCAUAUAUAUAUAUAUAUAUAAUAAAAUCCCAUGCAACUGAA